UUGUCAAAUUGACAUUUUGUGUUCAGAAAAUUUACCAAACCAAGUUAAAACUUAAAAUCAUAAUUUGGAAAUGAAUACAUUUAUUAAUACAUGUUUUAGGGAAUACAGCAGUGAAUUUUGUUUAGUUUAAUUGUGUUUAAAUGCUUGGUUUUUCGGUUUUGGGGAGCCACACCAAUUAAACGUAAACGUAAUAAGAGGAAUUUUGUUUAAUUUGUCGUAUUUAUUACUGUAGAAUUGUAGCCAAGUUUGAGUGCCUCCACUCAGAAUGUCUGACAAUGCAGAGCAGCAAGCCGAGGAGAUAGAAGUUCUGAAAUCCAUUUAUGAGGGUGACGAGAACUUUAAGCAAGUCAACACUAAAACAUAUCAGUAUAAGUACAUUGAUGGUGAGAAGUCAUUUAUAUUAGAAAUAUCAUGGGGAGAUACAUACCCCACGGAGAAGCCUAACUUUAAUCUGGAGAUCUUCUAUAACCAACACUUAUUACCAGCAGUAAAGGAUAAAAUCCUGUCAAUAGUAAAGGAAGAAGCGGAGCAAUGGCUGGGCUGCGCCAUGACGUACACCCUGUUCGAGUGCCUGAAGGAGCGCGCGCGGGACGUGCUGGCCGAGCAGGCCGCGGAGGCCGUCGCGGCGAGGGUCGGCAAGAUGCUUGUGGAGGACCACGAGUCUGAGCCGAAGCAGGUGGAGAAGAAGGAGCAGCUGACGAAGGCGCAGAAGCGGCGCGCGUGGGACCGCGCCGAGAUGGGCCGCGCGGGCGAGAAGCCGCGCGGCUGGGACUGGGUCGACAUCGUCAAACACCUCUCGCAGGUCCCCCAUCAGCCCUACCGCGUAGCACUCACCUUAGGGACUGGGUCGACAUCGUCAAACACCUCUCGCAGGUCCCCCAUCAGCCUACCGCGUAGCACUCACCUUAGGGACUGGGUCGACAUCGUCAAACACCUCUCGCAGGUCCCCCAUCAGCCUACCGCGUAGCACUCACCUUAGGGACUGGGUCGACAUCGUCAAACACCUCUCGCAGGUCCCCCAUCAGCCUACCGCGUAGCACUCACCUUAGGGACUGGGUCGACAUCGUCAAACACCUCUCGCAGGUCCCCCAUCAGCCUACCGCGUAGCACUCACCUUAGGGACUGGGUCGACAUCGUCAAACACCUCUCGCAGGUCCCCCAUCAGCCUACCGCGUAGCACUCACCUUAGGGACUGGGUCGACAUCGUCAAACACCUCUCGCAGGUCCCCCAUCAGCCUACCGCGUAGCACUCACCUUAGGGACUGGGUCGACAUCGUCAAACACCUCUCGCAGGUCCCCCAUCAGCCUACCGCGUAGCACUCACCUUAGGGACUGGGUCGACAUCGUCAAACACCUCUCGCAGGUCCCCCAUCAGCCUACCGCGUAGCACUCACCUUAGGGACUGGGUCGACAUCGUCAAACACCUCUCGCAGGUCCCCCAUCAGCCUACCGCGUAGCACUCACCUUAGGGACUGGGUCGACAUCGUCAAACACCUCUCGCAGGUCCCCCAUCAGCCUACCGCGUAGCACUCACCUUAGGGACUGGGUCGACAUCGUCAAACACCUCUCGCAGGUCCCCCAUCAGCCUACCGCGUAGCACUCACCUUAGGGACUGGGUCGACAUCGUCAAACACCUCUCGCAGGUCCCCCAUCAGCCUACCGCGUAGCACUCACCUUAGGGACUGGGUCGACAUCGUCAAACACCUCUCGCAGGUCCCCCAUCAGCCUACCGCGUAGCACUCACCUUAGGGACUGGGUCGACAUCGUCAAACACCUCUCGCAGGUCCCCCAUCAGCCUACCGCGUAGCACUCACCUUAGGGACUGGGUCGACAUCGUCAAACACCUCUCGCAGGUCCCCCAUCAGCCUACCGCGUAGCACUCACCUUAGGGACUGGGUCGACAUCGUCAAACACCUCUCGCAGGUCCCCCAUCAGCCUACCGCGUAGCACUCACCUUAGGGACUGGGUCGACAUCGUCAAACACCUCUCGCAGGUCCCCCAUCAGCCUACCGCGUAGCACUCACCUUAGGGACUGGGUCGACAUCGUUAAACACCUCUCGCAGGUCCCCCAUCAGCCUACUACGUGACCGAGCAAUAGCACGGAUCUUAGGAUUAUAAUAUCGUGAGCUUGACAACGCAUUUCUUCAAAGUUCCCGUAUAUGGCCGGUAAAAUGAAAUCUUUCAUCUGGUAUUUCCAAAUUUUAGAUUACAACGAUUAUUUACGUUAUACAAAUCUGCAUAACAAUAGUUAGUUCAGUAAAACACUUGUGAACAAGUGAAUAUGUAAUGUACAAGUUGUUUUAUGUUUACCUCCUCAUCUCUUCAUGAGAAAGUAAUGUUUAGGUAAAAGUAGUGGUCUUCUAUUAGAAUUUUUUUUUUACAAAAGUACCUAAAUAUUGAGAAACAGUAUUACUACUGGCAAGUUAACUUAUAUAUCUGCAGAAAAUAAUAAUUUGGGUCCUGAGAAAAAUAAACUUUACGUAAAUAACAGUAAAUGUUUGUAAAGAUAUUAAAUAUCGAUCUGAUCUAGAUAUUUACUUCAUACUCUGCGCGUACUCGUAUUUAAAGAGUGCUCGGGAAGUACAUAAGUAUAUGCCUGCUAUACUCGUAUGUCGUCUAAUGUUGAAACUGCUUUUCUAGUAUUUUCUACUCGAUAUUUUGUAUAUUUUGUAUGACAGAGCUUCUUUACUAAACUUACUUGAUGUAAUUAAUGCAUAUUGUAAAUGAAAUAUUAUAAUUAUUUUAGAAA